AUGUCCAAACCAACGGCUGCAGGCCAACCAUCAGACACCGCGUUCCGCAAAACAUGGGACCGCGAAGAAUAUGCCAAAAAGGCCGCCGACGAAGAAGCCAAGCGUAAAGCCGAAGGCAAAGCCCGCUACGAGGCCAAACUUCUCGGGAAAAAGUACCACGCCCCCGUGGACUAUGGCGCUCUCUCCGCAACGUCCGCUCGUCAAGAGCGCCUCAAGGUCGAUGCGAUGGUGGGCAAAACCACCAUUGUGCCUGCAGGAUCUGCACUCGGCAAGCGCGGUCGGGGAGCGGGAUUCUACUGUGCAGACUGUGAUCUGACCUUCAAGGAUAAUAUUCAGUUGGUGGAGCAUUUCAAUAGCAAGCAGCAUUUGAUCGCGACGGGGCAAAGUGGCGAGGUCGCGCGCGCGAGCGUGGAGGAUGUGCGCUUGCGGCUGCGGAUGCUGGCUCAUCAGAAGCGCGUGCGGGAGGAGGAGGAACGGAGGGCAUGGCAGCUUGAUUUGGGUGAAAGGUUGCGAGAACGGGAGGAAGUGGAGGCAAAGGAGCGAGAGGAGAGGAGGCGCAAGCGGGCUGAGAAGCGCCGUAAAGGUGGCAAUGGGGUCAAGGAAGAAGAUAAUUGGGAGGGCCGACUGGGAAUCAUUGCCUAG